AUGCGUAGUGAAUCAUAUAAUAAUAUUAACGAAACUCCCCUUCCAUCUGACCCUCCUCCUUAUACUGAACAUGAGGAACAAUAUGAACUCGAUGACAUGAGAAAUGAAGAAUUCAUUCGGACUCUUAUACAGGAAAAUAAUUCUAAAUCUCCUUUGCAUAUGGCUUUCAUGAAUAUGGCAAACAGUAUAUUAGGAGCAGGUAUAGUCUCACAACCAUUUGCAAUCAAACAAGCUGGUGUAGUUGGUGCAUUUAUAAUAUAUAUACUACUUGGUUUUAUUACUGAUUGGACCUUACGAUUAAUAGUUAAAAAUUUGGUCAUCUCCGGCACAAACACAUAUCAAGACAGUGUGCAAAAAGCUAUGGGUAAAAAGGGUAAAUUACUAAUUAUGUUAGCCAACGGGUUAUUUGCUUUCGGUGGAUGUGUUGCAUUCUGUAUAAUUAUCGGUGACUCGAUCCCUCACGUUUUAAGAACCCUGGUACCCGCAAAUUAUAUAGAAAGAAAUUGGGUCGUCAUAUGUACAACCAUCUUCAUCUCUUUACCUCUCUCUUUACAUAAAAAUAUUGAAGCGUUAGAAAGAGCCUCGGGCUUAGCAUUGAUUAGUAUGCUCAUCAUCGUGUUAACCGUAGUCAUCAGAGGCCCUUUGUUGCCCCAGAGUCUAAAGAGUCAAAUAACUUUAUUUCAUCCCAAAUGGUGGUUAAGAACCACUAUCUUCAAAAGUAUAUCUAUUAUAUCAUUCGCCUUGGUUUGUCAUCAUAAUACAAGUUUCAUUUACUUCUCUCUAAGAAAUAAAAGCAUCGCUAAAUUUAACAAACUGACUCAUCUUAGCUGCAUAAUAUCUGUGUUUAUCUGUAUGAUGAUGGGAUAUUUCGGGUUUCACGUAUUCAAAGAUAAAACUAAAGGGAACAUUCUUAAUAAUUUCUCAAGUGACGAUAUGUUUAUCAACGUGGCAAGACUAUUUUUUGGGUUUAAUAUGUUAACUACAUUUCCACUAGAAAUAUUUGUAUUGAGAAACAUUGUAAUGGAUAUAUUAAAUGACCUCAUACUAGAAAAUGAUUAUUCAAUAAUUCACGAUAACGAAAAUGGUGAUCUUUCCUCAAGAACUAAUAACAUUAACAAUGAUACAAAUGAUGGAAACAAUGGGACUACACUUACGUACCAAGAGCAAAAUAACGAAAAAUUUCACACAGUAAUUACACUUUUUCUGGUUUUGAGUUCCAUGGGUAUAUCCCUGACUACAUGUAAUUUGGGUGCGUUAUUCGAAUUAAUUGGUUCAACAACGGCUUCUAUAAUGGCUUUCAUUUUACCUCCUUUGACUCAUAUUAUAUUAACCAAAAACUCCCAGCAUACUUUCUCACAAAAAUUACCGUAUUACAGUGUAAUAAUUUUUGGAUUUUUGGUAAUGAUUAUAUCUAGUUCUCAAACGAUUUCAGAAUCAUUAAAUAACCACGACGUUAAACAUUGUGAAAUCUAA